CAUUAUGGAUCAACUGGAUAUGUAUGUUAACGUAGAGAAACCAUCAGGAAAUCCUGGCAAAAAGAAGAGACGAGUAAAUUGUUCAGAAAAUAUUUAUGCAAAUGAAGACACGAUCCAGACUCAGCUAAAGAAAACUGGACCUGCACUCUCAGGUGGUGGAGAUAAAAGAGUAAAAAAGAGUUCCUGCAUAGCUGCUGCAGUGUUUCUAGGUCUGCUGUGUCUUCUCCUCCUGGCUGGACUCAUAAUUCUGUAUAUCAAGAUGGUCCAGUUACAGACCAGUUACAACAACCUGACUAAAGAAAGAGACCAGUUACAGACCAGUUACAACAACCUGACUAAAGAAAGAGACCAGCUCCAACAAAGAGUUGGAGACACGACCAAAGAGAGAAAUGAUCUUCAGAGACAACUUCAAGAUACUGAGGCCAGUUGCAAAACCCGUGCUGAGAAAGACAUGAUGAACAUGUUGAAUAAUGGAUGGCAGUUUUUCCGAGAUGGAUUCUAUCACAUUUCUUCACAGACGAAAACCUGGAAAGAAAGUAGAAAUGAUUGUCUUCAAAAAGGUGCAGACCUGCUGAUUAUCAACAACAUCGAAGAACAGACUUUUAUAAGACAGUUUAAGAAGAACAUGUGGAUUGGCCUGACCGACUCAGAGACGGAGGGGACAUGGAAAUGGGUGGAUGGGACUCCAAUGACCACAAGCUACUGGUAUUCUGGGGAGCCUAACGGUGGAAGCAGUGAAAACUGUGUGGAAAUAAAGUACUAUGAUGAAGAGAACAACUGGAACGAUGGACCAUGUUCCAUUUCACACUUCUGGGAAAAAGUGUUCAGUAACGCUUUAACAAUGUAUAAACCUUCAACUGAAGUGGACAAUGAGCAGGGCAGCGAUGAGGAUGAAGGGUCGAUCAGCAGCGAUGACUUGGAGCUGAGCAGUGGUGAUUUAGAGGGUGAAGAGCUGCUCUGUGCUGACUCGGUAGGGCAGGACUGCACAGUGGCAUGA